CCCCCAGAACACAGAGGAACUUAAACCCCGAAACCUAAACCCACGACUCGACAUGUCGGAGCAACCCGAAGCCGAAUCGGCGCUGCUCCUCCGCGGGUACGAGCUCCGUCUCCUGCGUUGCACCCUCGCUUGCUCACCGUCCGAUUCCCCGCCAAACCAACCAGCCCAUCCGCCGUCCGAUCAAACUCCACUUCUCCAUGCACUUAUCAGCGACAUCCUCGCUUCAAUCGAGGCCGGUGACUACCUCCGCGCCCUCUCCUCCGACGCCGCCAGACUCGUAGUCCAACUCGCCGGUAACUCGCACAUUGACUCUGCCGAGUGCGCCGACCGAGUAUACUCCGAGUCGCUCGACCGCGUGGAGUCGUUCAUUUCACAGGGAAAUGAAUCCGAAUUCGACGACGAGGACAGGGCCUGUAGGGUGGUCCUCGUUAUGUGCGUCGCCGUUGCCGCGUUCCUCGGGUUCACUCAGUGCAACGUGACUGGGCCCUUGAAGGCAAUAAUGCCGAAAUGUCCAGUGGCAUUGGAGGGAGAUACAGAAAUGGUGGAAUGGGAGAAUUGGGCGCGUAAUCAGCUAAUGGCUGCUGGCUCUGACUUGCUUGGCAAGUUUUCUAUUCUCCAGUAUAUAGUGUUUGCUAAGAUGUUGCUCAUGAGGACAAGAGACACGUUAUUUGGAGGAAGUGUGUCUUCCACAUACAAGAUUGGUAGCAUCGCGUGGUGGCUUGCUAGAAUCGUAUUUCUUCAACAAAGAAUUUUGGAUGAGCGAUCCUCUUCUUUGUUUGAUCUACUGCACGUCUAUAUGGGUGAGACUCUACAGUGUUUUGACACUUUGGAAAAAGUAACAAGUUAUUUUGGUUCUAGUUUAUGUGAUGGGGAGGCUUCAACAAUCAUCUCAAUGGUUCAUUUAGAAGCUGGAAUGAUGGAAUACACCUAUGGAAGAGUUGAUUCUUGCAGGCAACAUUUUGAGUCAGCUGAAGUGGCAGCUGGGCUUGAGCUUUCUGUUACUGGGAUCCUUGGCUUCCGUGCUGUACAUCAGGUAGAACCUAAGGCACAAAUGGUACUUGUUGCAAACACCAGCUCAUCAAACUCUGGUGAUAAAUGCUCCUUAGAAAGCUCUGGCCUCCAGGCACACAAUUCUAGUAUUGGAGAAGAUAAUUCACAUCUACAUCAAGAUGAGACCUCAGAAGUCUCUGACAUAUUGAUGGCCCCAAAAUUGUUAGUGAAUAAUAAUGAAGGAGCAAGAUCAAAAGGAAUUCAAAAUGUUGGUCAUUCUGUGGCUCCUUUGAGGGGAAUCCAACAGGCAGCAAUUUUGGCCCAAUGCCUUCUUAUUGAGAAGAGUAGUCGGAAUGAUGAAAUGCAAAGAUGGGAUAUGGCUCCAUACAUAGAGGCAAUUGAUUCUCAGCAAUCAUCAUGUUUUAUUAUAAGGUGUUUCUGUGACAUCUUACGUAUUCGAUGGGAGUCAGCUCGUAGUCGCACAAGGGAGCGUGCUUUGAUGAUGAUGGAUAAAUUGGUUGAGACUGUCUGUGAGCCUUCUCCAGGAGUAGCACAACGACUUCCUUUUUGUUUUGGAGUUUAUAUCCCUACUAUUCCUGCCUUGCGAAAGGAGUACGGUGAACUUUUAGUGCGCUUUGGUUUGAUUGGAGAGGCAGUUAAAAUUUUUGAGGACUUAGAGUUAUGGGAUAAUGUAAUAUAUUGCUACCGCCUAUUGGAGAAGAAAGCAGCAGCGGUUGAACUCAUCAAGAAACGGCUAUCUGAAGUGCCAAAUGACCCCAGGUUAUGGUGUUCAUUGGGUGAUGUUACAAAUAGUGAUGCUUGCUAUGAAAAAGCCCUGGAAGUUUCAAAAAAUAGGUCAGCUAGAGCUAAGCGGGCUCUUGCUCGUAGUGCAUACAAUAGAGGGGACUAUGAGACAUCUAAAAUCCUCUGGGAGUCUGCGAUGGCCCUGAAUUCUUUGUAUCCGGAUGGCUGGUUCGCCCUUGGGGCUGCUGCUUUGAAGGCUAGAGAUGUGGAUAAGGCUCUGGAUGGGUUUACUCGUGCUGUUCAGCUUGAUCCUGAAAAUGGGGAGGCUUGGAAUAAUAUUGCUUGUUUGCAUAUGAUCAAGAAGAGGAGCAAAGAGGCUUUCAUAGCAUUUAAAGAAGCCCUAAAGUUCAAGCGAGAGAGUUGGCAGUUGUGGGAGAACUAUGGUCAUGUUGCAGUGGAUGUGGGCAAUAUUGGUCAGGCUCUGGAAGCUAUACAAAAGGUUUUGGACAUGACUAAUAAUAAAAGAAUUGAUGCUGAAUUAUUAAAGAGAAUUACGAUAGAGGUGGAAAACAGAGCUUCACCUAAUCAGCCCGGAUCUCAUGUGAUGACGAAUGAGGAUAGUUCUUCUGAUCAAGAUUGUCUUAAUGAGUCAACAUAUGCAGAGUCUGGCAUGGGAAGGUCGCAUGAAACUGAGUACUUGGUGGAGUUUCUUGGAAAAGUGCUACAGCGGAUAGUUCGAAGUCUGGGCGGAGCAGAUAUCUGGGGCUUAUAUGCAAGGUGGCACAAAAUCAAAGGAGAUCUGACAAUGUGCUCUGAAGCCCUCUUAAAGCAAGUUAGAUCAUACCAGGGAUCUGAUUUAUGGAAAGAUAGAGAUCGUUUUAAAAGUUUUGCACAAGCCUCCUUGGAACUUUGCCAGGUGUACAUGGAAAUUUCUUCAUCUACUGGUAGCCAUCGAGAACUACGUGCAGCUGAGAUGCAUCUAAAAAACAUAAUUAAACAGGCGGAGAGCUUCUCAGACACACAAGAAUUUAGAAAUCUCCAGGAUUGCCUUGAUGAAGUGAAGAUGAAGCUCCAAUCCACUUCUGUGCCCAUGCAAAAUCCUAUCUGAUGAAGUCCCUCGAAAAAUAUUAUUGCAUUAUAAAGACAAGGGAUGUAGUCAAUAAUACAAGUAGAACAUGCAGCCUUCUUUCUGGACAGUUUGGAUUGGACGGUCACGGGGAUAUCAUAUUUGUUAGCACAAAAAAGAAGAAAUAUUUACGAUCAUGAUUGGGCCUCUCUCUCUCUCUCUCUCUAUAUAUAUAUAGCAUUGAGUUUUUCUUACCCUCCAAAUCCAUAUCAAUUGAAUGUGUAUCACACCAAAUUUUGUAAUAUUAGCCAAAUUCCUUAUUCACCAUAGCUAAGUUCACUUCUCACUGAAUGAUUGACCUAGAUUGAUUAUUAUAAGGGUUAUUAGUUACC